AGCGAUCUACAUGCUAAAACAACCAUACCCAUAGCGUGGGGAGCCGGCCAGGCGCUAAAUCACAUGACACAGCUGAGAGACCUCCUUUGGGACUGAAAUGACCCUUUUGGCUAAGGGUGAUAUGCCAAGGCGUAGAGAGCCAGUCCAUUUCCGUAAACUCCGAGUGUGCUCCCAUUUGCGGUCAUUGUCGUUGGCAAUGUGCCACGACAUUGAUUUCCUAUGCGAUUCCCCGGUAUUCAAUCCCGUCGGGAUCUCCAAGCCUGGAUAUCGGUAUACCACGAGAAAAGGUGAUGAUCUCGCGAUGGACUCAUCCGUGCAAGCAAUACUCUUAUGCGGUAGUUUUGCAGAUCGCCACCGGAUAGUGUCGAGAUCGUUGACACCGCAUCCCCGUCCAUUGGCCACCUUGUUACCCAAAAUUGUGGCUGAACCCUUUCGAGCGGAGCGGAGCCUUGGCGAGGCCUGGAAGGCUGACAGUCGACUGAUUGAGGGUAUGAGCUCAUUUGUGGAACCUGAGCGGAGGGGGCUACGGGAUCUCCUCUACGUGUGGAUAAGAAUGGACCCGCGUGUCUUGAAUGGAUAACGGAGGACGCAUCAAUGUCAGAGCAACUCGGCACAAAGCUGGACGCUACGCUUCUCGAAUAGUUCGUCUUCAUUCGCGCUCGGAUCGAAAUAGGCUGAUUGUUUGGGAAUUUGCUUUCCCACCGUGCUCAUGGUCAGCGACUAGUCAGAGUCAUGUCCGCGGCUCAAUACAGGUACGUGCCUUUUAACACAAUAGCGGGCUCCUCCAGUCUCGCUUUGGUAUUUUGAAAUAGCUCGACGACGUCGCUCCCAAGCCUAGUUGUGGAAACGCUGAAACGCAAAC